UAACCUGAAUAACUGACUGAGAGCACACCAGGUGAGUUAGUCUUAUUAUAGUAACGCAGACACAUGUGAGUCUGCAGCUGUCCUGAUCCUUGUCUCCGUUCACCUGCCUGACCUGUGGAGGGCAGCAACACGCAAACCUAACAGAAGACGCCAAAGUGCUUCCGGUGUGUGUGCUGGCUGUCAUGGCGGCUCCCUGUCGCAGGACUUUUUCACGAUGAGCUGAGUGGACAGCGUGAAGAGAGAAAACCAGAACGACCGGAGGCGGAUGUCGGGGUUGCUGAGGUACCGUGACGCUCUGCUGCUGGGUUGAGUUGACCGUAGUUCCGACGUAGAGUCCUCCGGUUUUGACGUCAGGCAGAGCCAAGCGUCACUCAGAAACCCUGCGAGGUAAUGUCACGUGAACGAACGACACCUGAGGCUUUAGGCUCACCUGUCCCUUCUGCUAUGAGUGUGAUGUCUUCGGUGAUGCGGGGUACCCGGCGGCUGGUGCACGCAGACCCAGCUCUGUUCAGUAACUUCCCGUUUCCGGCCGUAUUCUGCCGUGCCGGGAGCGCCGACUCUCUCUUCACGUGCCAACCGAACAGGAAGUUCGCCUUCAAACAUGUCAAAGGUCAGAAGAAAGAGCAGAAGACCCAGAAGGUCAAACCCAAAGUGGACAAACAGGAAGUUGAGAUCCGACAGGGGAUGACGGCGGCUGCACUCGCUGAAGCCAUGAACAGAGACUUCGACCACGUGCUGGAGGCUCUGCUGAACACGUCGGUGCAUCUGGACUCUCUGGAAAAGGACACGGUUCUGGAGGAACGAUGGAUUAAAGAGGUGGUGACACGGUCAGGGAUGAAGUUCAGAUGGGCCAAACUGAGCGCGAGCAGAGAGCGACCCAACAGGGACGCCUGCAGGAGACCGCCUGCUGAUCCCACCCUCCUGGUGCCACGGCCCCCGGUGGUCACCAUCAUGGGUCACGUGGACCACGGUAAGACGACGCUGCUGGACAGCUUGAGGAAGAGCCAAAUCGUCUCCACAGAGGCCGGAGGCAUCACGCAGCACAUCGGGGCUUUCCUGGUCCAGCUGCCGACAGGUGAGAAGAUCACCUUCCUCGACACUCCGGGCCAUGCCGCCUUCUCCUCCAUGAGAGCCCGUGGAGCCAACGCCACCGACAUCGUCGUUCUGGUGGUGGCAGCUGAUGAUGGCGUCAUGAACCAGACGGUGGAGUCCAUUGAGCAUGCCAGGAGAGCCAAAGUCCCCGUGAUCGUGGCGGUGAAUAAGUGUGACAAGCCUCACGCCGACCCUCAGAGGGUGAAGCAGGAGCUGCUCGCUCACGACGUUGUUUGCGAGGAGUUCGGGGGAGACGUUCAGGCGAUUCACAUCUCUGCUCUGAAGGGUGAUAACCUUCUGGCUCUGGCUGAGGCCACAGUAGCUUUGGCAGAGGUGUUGGAGCUAAAGGCGGAGCCUACCGGCCCCGUGGAGGGACUCGUCAUUGAGAGCAGGACCGACAAAGGCAAAGGCCCGGUCACGACAUCCAUCGUCCAGCGGGGGACGCUAAAGAGAGGCUGCGUGCUGGUUGCUGGGAAAUCCUGGGCUAAAGUUCGCUUCCUGUUUGAUGAGAACGGCUGUGCUGUGAGGGAGGCGGGGCCGAGUACUGCGGUGGAGGUGGUUGGCUGGAAGGAGCUGCCGUCAGCUGGAGAGACCAUCCUGGAGGUGGAGUCUGAACAGCGAGCGCGGGAGGUGGUGGAGUGGAGAAGUCACGAUGAGGAGCAGCGGAAACUGCAGGAGGAGCAGAGCGCGAUCGAGCAGAAGCAGAAGCUCCACCUGGAAGAGUACCGCAGGGAGAGGGAGGGGCUGUCCCACCUGAGCUGGAGGCAGAGGAAGGUGGCGCUUUACCGGGCCAACAAGACCCGCUUCGCCACGAGGCCCAGCGAGAUGAUGCCCUCAUCGUCAAAGGUACGAACAACCAUUGACCCAGGUGACGUGGAUGGCUCGGUGGAGGCCAUCCUGAACAUCCUGGACAGCUACGACGGUCAGCAGCAGUGCGAGCUCGAGGUGGUCCAUUUCGGCAUAGGAGACAUCUCUGAGAACGACGUCAACAUGGCCGAAAUGUUUGGAGGCUCCAUCUAUGGCUUUAACGUGGCGGCGAGCCGUGGCAUCGAGCAGCUGGCAGCGAGGAAAGGCAUCCCGCUGCGCCUGCACAGCGUCAUCUACAAGCUGGUAGAUCAGCUGAAGGAGGAGCUCAGCGCCAAACUGCCACCACUCGUCUCGGAGAACAUCACAGGUGAGGCGUCGGUCAUCGCCCUGUUUGACGUCACCGUGGGAAAGAAGAAGGUUCCCGUGGCCGGCUGUCGGGUUCAGAAAGGUCAGCUGGACCGACGGUUCAGGUUCAGGUUGAUCCGAGGCCGGGACACCGUGUGGGAGGGUUCUCUGGCAGCACUGAGGCACCACAAAGAUGACAUGCAGACGGUGAGGGCGGGCAUGGAGUGCGGCCUAUCGGUUGACGGCGACGUCGACUUCAGAGUCGGUGAUAUCGUCGUGUGCUUUGAGGAGGUGGCGGCGCCGCAGGUCACUUCCUGGGACCCCGGCUUCUGAACUCCCAUCAUGCACUGCUGCGCAGCGUUUCUAUCACAGACUCUCAGACACAGAUGAACCUGAUGUUUAGUUUCAGACGUUUAUUGAAAACUGAACAGGAAGUGGUUAAAUUCAAACUGAAGCACAGAUGUGUGUGAACAUCCUGCUUUCUGACUGGACAGAACCUCUAAUAAAAUAUACGUGUGAUUGUCUGAACCAAUCAGAAAGCUCAUCA